AUGCAGGUGGCGGCGUAUGUCAACGGCAUCCUGGCUGCUCAAGGGGGGGCAGGCCAAGCAGCGCCCGUCCAUGCCGCUGUGCUUGGGCUGUGUGGGCUGAGUCCCGGGACCAAGCACUUCUCCAACGGCUUUUCCAUAGCGCUCCCACGCCUGCCCACCGGCGUGCACGAGCUGCGUGUGCUGGCGUCGCUAGACAACUCCACUUGGCAGGAGGCCAACGCCAGCCCCAUGCUGUUUGAGGAGAGCACGGCGCACCCGGAUGCCAAGGCCGCGCUGGCCAGGAAGGAUGCCAUCAUCCUGCAGCGAAAUGCGCAGCUGGCGGCGCUCUGGGCGGAGCGCGCCGAGAUGGGCCCCUGGCAGGACAGGCCGCGCGGCAAGGGCCCCGAAGGGGUGGCGUCGGCGGUGGAGAAGCCGGGCAAUGCUACCAACCUAGUCGUCAUCGCCGUCAACACGGGGCUGGGAUCGCGGGAUCGUCGGGACAUCCUGCGCCGCACCUGGUUCCCCAAGGGUACUGAGCUGGCCGCCUGGGAGGCCAGGGGCGUGAUGGUCCGCUUCGUGGUGGGCACCUCCGUCCAGGCCAACGACCCGCUGGCCGAGGCGAUGCGCACCGAGGCCCGCGAGUUUGGCGACGUGGUGGAGAUGCCCGAAGUCAUCGACACCUACGGCGACCUCUCGCUGAAGACGCAGCACCUGUUCACCACGAUGCUAUCGCUUUGGGACGCCGAUUUUUAUUUCAAGGUCGACGAUGACGUGGCGCUGAACCUGGAGGCCUUAUCUGACUACCUGACGGCCCGCAGGAUGAAGAAGAACCUCUACCUGGGAUGCAUGAAGUCUGGUCAGGUGCUGACAGACAGCAAGUGGAAGUGGUAUGAGCCGGAACACUGGCGGUUUGGAGACGCCCUGGGACCCCACGGCAUCAACUACAUGCGGCACGCCACAGGUCAAGCAUAUGGGCUGUCCCGGCCCGUGGCGCAGUACAUAGCCAGGAACGCGCACAUCCUGCACCGCUAUGCGAACGAGGACGUGUCGGUGGGGGCCUGGAUGCUGGGCCUGGAGGUUGAGCUGGUGCACGACCUGCUGCUGUGCUGCAGCAGCGCCGCACAGUGCCGGGAGCAGACCACGCCAGAGAAGCGGUGUCUGGUGUUCUCCGAGGUCACCUGCGCGGGGAUCUGCCAGGCCGAGACCAGGCUGGAGCCUAUCUGGAAGAGCUGCUUGGAGAAGCCGUAUGAGGCCGUCACCCUGGCUACCUUUGACCAGACCGAGACCAGCACUGCCUGA